AUGGCGACCUCCAGCACUGACCUCAAGACCAUCGGCACAAUCAACCGCGAAUUCUUUGACAAGUACGCGGGAUUUGUAUCCAACGAGGGUUGGAUUCGCGAUCUCCAUGAGCAGAUAAGAGACUUUCUAAAGCAGAAUAUCAACAAGAUCGCAUCGCCGCAAGAGGGGUUGAAGAUGCUCGAUUAUGCUUGCGGAAAUGGAAUCAUCUCCACGGCACCUAAGUAG